GCCAGACUCCACUUAAACCAUCAUGUCUACUGAAGGAAAGCCCAUCACCUGCAAGGCAGCUGUCGCCUGGGAAGCCGGCAAAGACCUUGUGAUUGAAGAAAUCGAGGUUGCUGCUCCCAAAGCCAAUGAAGUCCGCAUCAAGAUUGAAUGGUCUGCGCUCUGCCACACAGAUGCUUAUACCCUCUCCGGCAAAGAUCCAGAGGGUAACUUCCCAUGUAUCCUUGGACACGAGGGUGGUGGCGUGGUUGAGUCGAUUGGCGAGGGCGUGACGAACGUUCAAGUUGGAGACCAUGUGAUUCCGUUGUAUACUGCAGAAUGCAAAGAAUGCAAGAUGUGCAAGUCCGGCAAGACCAAUCUUUGUGGUAAAGUACGGACCACGCAAGGUAAAGGUGUCAUGCCCGAUGGGUCGUCUCGUUUUACAUGCAAGGGCAAGGAUUUGCUUCACUUUAUGGGAACCUCGACAUUCUCGCAGUAUACAGUAGUUGCCGAUGUCAGUGUUGUUGCAAUUGCCAAGUCUGCACCAUUGGAGAAGGCUUGUUUAUUGGGAUGUGGUAUCACAACCGGUUAUGGCGCUGCAACACGUACCGCAAAAGUCGAAAAAGGCAGUACCGUGUGUGUGUUUGGCGUCGGAUGUGUUGGCUUGAGCGUCAUUCAAGGCGCAAAAGCCCAAGGUGCCUCAGAGAUUUGCGCAGUCGAUACCAAUCCAGGCAAAAAAGCAUGGUCUGAGCAAAUGGGUGCCACGCAAUUCGUCAACCCCAAGGAACUCGACAAGCCGGUGGAUGAGCAUCUCGUUGAAAUCAUGGAUGGUGGAUUCGACUAUGUAUUUGAUUGUACGGGCAACACCGCAGUCAUGCUACAAGGUCUCAAGUCUUGCCACAAAGGGUGGGGAAAAUUGAUCAUUAUUGGUGUUGCUGCUGCUGGUGCAGAACUCAAAGUUCGUCCAUUCCUGUGCGUCACGGGUCGUCAAAUUACUGGAUCUGCAUUCGGUGGUGUCAAGGGCCGUACCGAGCUGCCUGGUCUUGUGGAUCAAGCGCUUCGUGGUGAGAUUGACAUUGAGACGUACGUGACGCAUCGCAAGACGCUGACGAGUAUCAAUGAGGGCUUUGAAGCAAUGAAGGAAGGCGAUUGCCUGCGUUGUGUGGUUGACAUGAGCAAGUAAUAAAGAGUUUCAAGGUAGUAUAGAUUCGAUCGUACCUGCUUUACCAUCAAACAAGUCAAUGACUGAUUGG